AUGAAUGCGGACCCCGUUUGCAUGCGAGGCUCAGAGGUAGGUGGCGAGGAUGCUCAGCGUGUCGAUAUCGGAGCGCACCUUGGUCUCAACGGAAUCGGCAAUCUGGAGUUCUGUGUUCUCGGAUCCGGACAGAGAUGCUUUGCUCGCUGGUUGAACGGCAUCUGGAGUAGCUGGACCAGCGAUGAAAUCAACACUGCCGUGGUGAAAUACAAUUCAUAUCGUGACUGUAGGAUCGUGGCGAUGGCUUUUGGAUACGGUGAUUCCUAUGUGAUUUCAUACGGAACGGCCUCGAACAUGAAGCAACUCGGCAAUUGGUUCGAUCUCAAAGGGUACUAUCCGGAUCUUUAUCAGACGCUGCAAUCAAACAAGCCUCUGAGUAUAUAUGCUAUUGCGCUCGAUCCCACGAGUACGACGAACUAUAUCUUGGUUUGGGGGUACCACAAAGAUGGGCUCUAUCGUAGCUGGUGGGAUCAGGAAUACGUCAGCAUCAUUGUCGACGUCGCCCUGAGCUUCAUCUCCGAAAUCCGCAUUCAGGAACCGCACAAAGGCAUCCCCGACCUGAUCCGCCGCUAG